CGUGGCAUGCUAUGAGUGAAUGAAAACAACGCAUUCAAACAAACCGUGGGAUCACUUUAGCUGUGUCCUGUCCACUUGUCACUCCCAGAGCCAAAAACACCGCGUUCUUCUCUAAAAACCAGCCCCACCCAUUCCGAAAUAUCUCAUGCCAAUAUAAGCACCAACUCUCGCUCCACUUUUCUCAAACUACAAAACUUUUAACUUCACCUGAAAAGAAGAUAAAAGAGAGAGAAAAUAAAUAUCUUAUCAAACCAGACAGAACAGAGAUCUUGUUACUUACUAGACUACACUCAGCCUUAUCCAGUUUUUCUUCCAACGAUGGACUCAAUCUCUACUUUUUCUGAACUGCUUGGCUCCGAGAACGAGUCUCCGGUUACUACGGUAGUAGGAGGUGAUUAUUUUCCCAGGUUGGCGGCAAGCUGUCCGAAGAAGCCAGCGGGUAGGAAGAAGUUUCAGGAGACACGUCACCCCAUUUACCGCGGAGUUCGUUUAAGAAAGUCAGGUAAGUGGGUGUGUGAAGUGAGGGAACCAAACAAGAAAUCUAGGAUUUGGCUCGGAACUUUCAAAACCGCUGAGAUCGCUGCUCGUGCUCACGACGUUGCUGCCUUAGCCCUUCGAGGAAGAGGCGCCUGCCUCAACUUCGCCGACUCGGCUUGGCGGCUCCGUAUCCCGGAGACAACCUGCGCCAAGGAUAUCCAGAAGGCUGCUGCUGAAGCUGCAUUGGCUUUUGAGGCCGAGAAGAGUGAUCAUGGCAUGAACAUGAAGGAUACUACGGCGGUGGCUUCUCAGGUUGAGGUGAAUGACACGACGACGGACCAUGGCGUGGACAUGGAGGAGACGUUGGUGGAGGCUGUUUUUACGGAGGAACAGAGAGAAGGGUUUUACAUGACGGAGGAGACGAGGGUGGAGGGUGUUGUUACGGAGGAACAGAACAAUUGGUUUUACAUGGACGAGGAGUGGAUGUUUGGGAUGCCGACGUUGUUGGUUGAUAUGGCGGAAGGGAUGCUUUUACCGCGACCGUCCGUACAAUCGGGACACUACGAUGACUUCGAAGGAGAUGUUGACAUGAACCUUUGGAGUUACUAAUAUUCGUAUUUUUUUUUAUUUUUUUUUUAAUUCUUCUGUGUGAUGAUAUUUUACUAUAAAAAUUAGGAUUCUGCCUUUAUUUUUUUGUGGGGAUCUUUAUUUUUAUUUUUGAAGUUUGGGAAACGAGUGUAAAUGUUUCGCCAUUUGCUGAGUUUUUUUUUGUGUGCAGCAUAAUCAUCUUGGUUUCC